AUGGACGAGAUGGCACCUCCCGCGAUACGUGCCAUCCUCAGUGAGGACGAUGAUGACCAUGUGCCCAUGUUUCCUUCUGCCAACAGCGCUCAGCGACAUGCUGUCAGUGGGUCAGCACCAUCGUCCCGUUUGCACCCCUCCGGCAUGAACAGUCUGCGGGCACCAGUGGAGCCAGCGCCUUCACAGCUCGAGGUACCUAUGAGAAGGCAAAAGGUGAUCCUCGAACCCGGUCAUAGCCCUCUUGAUUGGGCGCGAUUAAAAACGACAACAGAUCUGCGAGGCGGUGUAUCCACUCUUCUCCGCGUCACCCCGUCUCAACUUAAGCAGCACAACCGGCUUGACGACGCAUGGACAGCUAUUCAAGGAAAAGUGUACAAUAUGACUCCCUAUUUAAAAUUUCAUCCUGGCGGCGUCGAUCAACUCAUGCGUAUCGCAGGCCGUGAUGGCACUCGACUUUUCUUUGCCACGCAUCCUUGGGUCAAUGUCGACGCACUCAUAGACUCUACGAUGGUCGGCGUAUUUGUGCCAGAAUCGUGA